UAAAUGAAGGCCCAUACGCCGUCAGAACCAGGGUUGGCUGGGUCGUUAAUGGUCCUCUUCAUGGUGGAAGCUGUAGAGGUAAGAGUGGCUACGCUGCUGUAACAGCAAACCACAUCACACCUGCAAGAAAUGCUUGUAAAACAGUAUCAGCAUGACUUUAAUGAGAAAUCAUCAGAAGAGCAGAUUGAAAUGUCCAGAGAAGAUAUUAAGUUCAUGGAUAUUGUCAGUAGCACAGCAAAACUAAUUGGAGGUCAUUACUGCAUUGACCUGCCAUUCAGAAAGGAAAAUGUAACCCUGCCAGAUAAUCGUUAUAUAGCAGAGCAGCGCUUAUGUAGCCUGAAAAGAAAGUUUGACAAGAACAGUGUUUUUAAGGAGGAAUACACCACGUUCCUAAAUGAAAUAAUAACACAGAGACAUGCUGAGCCAGUUCCUCUUGACCAGCUGACACAGAGCAAUGGGAAAGUGUGGUAUAUCCCUCACCACGGGGUGUAUCAUCCUCAGAAGGGUAAGUUAAGAGUGGUUUUUGACUGUGCAGCCUCAUACAAAGGAACAUCACUCAAUAGUCAGCUUUUGCAAGGGCCUGAUCUCACCAACAGCCUCAUUGGAGUUUUUGUCCGAUUUAGGCAGGAACCUAUUGCAAUAAUGGCUGAUAUCCAAUCUAUGUUUCACCAGGUUCAUGUCUCAAAUAAGCACGUCAACUUUCUCCGCUUCCUCUGGUGGCCAGGUGGUGACACUGCACAGGCUCCGCAGGAAUACCGCAUGAAGGUACAUCUAUUUGGAGCUGCAUCAUCACCAAGCUGUGCCAAUUAUGCCUUGAGGAGAACUGCAGAUGACAACGCAGAACACUUACCUCCAGAGGUUGUGAGUACAGUGAAAAACAACUUUUAUGUUGAUGAUUGCCUCCGUUCAAUGGCCUCAGAAGGGGAAGCUAGGAAAAUGAUCCAGGAUUUAACGGCACUUUGUCAGAAAGGAGGAUUCACUCUGUCCAAGUGGGUCAGCAAUAGUCGUGCAGUGUUGCGCUCUGUCAGCGAAGGCCACAGAGCAAAAGACAUGAUGGAGCUGGAUUUGGAUACAGAUCAACUUCCUGUUGAACGCACAUUAGGACUACAGUGGUACGUUGAGACUGACCAAUUUGGAUUUAAGGCCUCCGCACGAGAGCAACCACAGACGAGAAAAGGAAUUCUUUCAGUGGUUAGCUCCCUCUACGACCCAUUGGGCUUCCUUGCUCCAUUCAGCAUGAGCGCUAAGUUGUUACUGCAGGAACUCUGUAAAAGAAACCUUGGAUGGGACGAAGAUAUUCCCCAUGUUCUCGCUAAGCAAUGGGCUGGCUGGUUGGAAGAUCUCCACAAGGUGGCAGAGUUCAAGAUUGAUCGUUGCAUUAAGCCUAAGGACUUUGGCAACCCUGUCACUAUGCAGCUUCACCCCUUCUCUGAUGCCAGUGAGGUCGGGUAUGGAGCUGUCUCUUACUUAAGACUGGAAAGGGACAAUAAAGUGCAUGUUGCAUUUAUGAUGGGGAAGGCCAGAGUUGCUCCGCUGAAGCAGACAACUAUUCCUCGCCUGGAGCUAACAGCUGCAGUUCUCGCUGUUAGAGUAGACCGCAUGCUACAGAAGGAGUUGCAACUUAGGCUGGAGAAGUCAGUUUUCUGGACCGACAGUACAACAGUCCUUAAAUAUAUAUCAAAUGAAAGCCGGCGAUUCCAUACCUUUGUGGCCAACAGAAUUGCAGUCAUCAGAGAGGCAACUGAUGUUGAUCAGUGGAGAUAUGUGGGGACAAAGGAAAACCCAGCAGAUGAAGCGUCAAGAGGAAUGAGGGCAGAAGACCUCCUGAACAGAAGGAGAUGGAUGAUGGGACCUGAUUUCCUCUACAAGUCCAAGGAUGGGUGGCCUAAAUUAGACGUGGACCUUCAGGUGAUUCCUGGCGCUGACCCUGAGAUCAAAAGAGACUUGACCGUGAAUGCUGUUGUUAAAGACACAGACAAUGCUACGAGCCACCUGAUCCAUUACUUUUCAUCUUGGAGGAGAUUGCAGGUAGCUGUAGCUUGGAUUCUUAAGAUCAAGGAUACUCUUGUGUUAUUGGGACAUAGGAGAAAGGAGCUUUAUGCCUCUGCUGACCUCAGUAUGGACACUCCAGACUGUCAUCAACAAGUGGAAAGCCAAAUGCAGAGCUUAAAGGCUACGCUCAAAGGACAGAGUCUGACACCUCAAGAUGUGACCAGGGCAGAGUUGUCAAUCAUCCGUUAUGUGCAACAUCAGCAGUUUAUCGAUGAAAUUACCUCGCUGCAGAGUGGUGUGAAACCCAUAUCCAAGGACAGUCCACUGUACAGAUUGGACCCAGUGAUGGAUGGUGAGAUCCUCAGAGUGGGUGGUCGGUUAAGCAAAGCCUCACUGCCAGUGGAAUCCAAGCGUCCUGCUAUUCUGUCAAAAGACCUGCAUGUAUCAACACUAAUUCUGCGCCACAUUCAUCAGCAGAUAGGUCAUGCUGGAAGAAAUUAUAUGUUGUCCAGUUUAAUGCGGAAAUAUUGGAUUAUAAAUGCAAACUCUGCUGCCAGAAAGGUCAUAUCAGACUGUGUUGUUUGCAGACGCAACAGAGGAAGACUCCUUGAACAAAAGAUGGCGGACUUACCUGCCGAAAGAGAGCCCCUUUCACUCAUGUAGGCGUUGAUUAUUUUGGGCCCGUUGAAGUUAAAAGGGGCAGAGGUCUUCUCAAAAGAUACGGAGUGCUCUUCACCUGUAUGACCAGCCGUGCUGUACCCUUAGAAGUAGCAU